UGCACCGCGCCCCGCAGGAAGUAGUUCCCUGGGCGGAAGCCUCGGAGCGUGAUAUAGCGGAAGUGCCUUCUCUUCCGGUCUCUUUGGUGUCCGCGGCACUAGCGAGAUGACGAAGGGAACGUCAUCCUUUGGAAAGCGUCGUAAUAAGACGCACACGUUGUGCCGCCGCUGUGGCUCUAAAGCCUACCACCUUCAGAAGUCGACCUGUGGCAAAUGUGGCUAUCCUGCAAAACGCAAAAGAAAGUAUAACUGGAGUGCAAAGGCUAAAAGGCGAAAUACCACCGGAACUGGUCGAAUGAGGCACCUAAAAAUUGUGUAUCGCAGAUUCAGGCAUGGAUUCCGUGAAGGAACAACACCUAAACCCAAGAGAGCAGCUGUUGCAGCAUCCAGUUCAUCUUGAGAAUUUCAGCGAUUACUCAAAAUAAAUACUUUGGUUUUAAAAGAUA